CCCACACAACGAACGCCGUGUGCGCACAGAGAGAAACGAGUUAAGCAAAUUCACUUCGACGUACGACGAACGACAGGCCUAACGACAAGUGCUACGCGACACCGACGCUCGCUAACUCCCACCACCACACAGACCCAACCUCCGAAAUCCCACGGAAGUUCCUUUUCGCCCCGAUCAACAUCCCGUAAACGCACUACCCAACAUGUCUGACAACGGAGAGAUCGAGGUCGCUACCGCGGCCUUCCCCCCGCUUCCCAAGGAGGUUUCGGACGAGAUUGGCAGCAUCAAGCUCUUCAACAAGUGGAGCUACGAGGAUGUUGAGGUUAAGGAUAUCUCGUUGACCGAUUACAUGCAAAUCCGGUCUCCCGUCUACCUUCCUCACUCCGCCGGACGUUACGCCACCAAGCGUUUCCGCAAGGCCCAGUGCCCCAUCAUUGAGCGUCUCACCAACUCCUUGAUGAUGAACGGCCGCAACAACGGAAAGAAGCUUAUGGCCGUCCGCAUCGUCGACCACGCUUUCUCCAUUGUUCACUUGAUGACCGACCAGAACCCUAUCCAGGUCGCUGUUGACGCCAUUGUCAACUGCGGUCCCCGUGAGGACUCCACCCGUAUCGGAUCUGCUGGAACCGUCAGGCGUCAGGCCGUCGAUGUCUCCCCCCUGAGGAGAGUCAACCAGGCGAUUGCCCUUCUCACCAUUGGUGCUCGGGAAGCUUCUUUCCGAAACGUCAAGAGCAUUGCUGAGUGCUUGGCCGAGGAGUUGAUCAACGCCGCCAAGGGAUCAUCCAACUCUUACGCCAUCAAGAAGAAGGACGAGCUCGAGCGUGUCGCCAAGUCCAACCGUUAAGUGGAGGAUGUGGUUUCCUUUCGGGGCAUCGGGCUAGUGCAUAUAAAAAAAUGGGAAUUCGACUUCGGCGAACUUUUGCGUUUCUUCUUUCGAUUUUCGCUGGUC